CUUCUAGUAGGGCACACGACGGGUUCAUCUGGCUACGGCAUCACUAGUUGUUGUACUUUAUUCUACAUUUCUUGGCGUUUGUACAACUUGCUCCUCAAAAAUGGGUAACGCUUGCGCUUUUGAGAAAGUGAGUGGUCGCGGGACCACACUAGAGGACUACAUCGCCGCAAUCGACAGUGUGGCGUCUCUUCUAGGCGCGACAGGGAAAGAGAAGGGAGACACACUAGGAGGAGAGUUAAGGCUUCUAGAGUAAUUUUUUCUGAAAGACUUCUAGAGAUGUACAACUAAGUAAUUUCUUCUAGAGAUGUAAAUGUAAUUCAUCUUGGACAUGGACUGCCUCCUUGUAAGGUAUUCGUCCACGACUUGAAGUGGAGCAAAGGUAUAAUUCUCCUUGAAGUUGAAUAAGUAUGUAGAAUCAAGGAUCGAUGCAAACUAACAGCUAAAUCUGAAGGACGAUGAAUUUCCAUUGCGGAAAGAUCUUCUAAGAGAGUCGUCUCAGGCUCAGAAAUGUGCUGGAUACAGAUGUUGGAAGGGCAGGAAAGCUGGUCAGGCGAUGUCUGCAGUGUCCUGCCUGAAUGACAAAGAUCAAUUCGUCCUGCCACACCUGCAGCCCGAUGAAUGCUACAUAAUAAUGGAGGUAUAAUACCUGGAUGUUUUAGAAUCAUUCUAAUUUUGAAGGUGGCUAUAAAUGAAUGUAUCGAUUUUUUGAACUACUUACUUGUUUGAUUCUUAUCUAUGGCCAUUUGUCCUCAUUGUCUUCAUUGAUCAUGUCGUCGCCCAUACAAAAAUCUCAUCAUUUUCUAUGUAUCUUCCUGCUGCACCUGCAUCAACAGCCACUAAUAUCAUCAUCUCCACUUUUUCCAGUUCACAGUGGGUGCGCCGUUUUCUGCGAGUUUAGAGCGAGAAUACAAGAACUCGUCGGUCGUGGACCAGAUUGACUUUGUUAUGAAUCUAGGCUAUAUCUAAGAGAAGGCCACUCAACCACUUCUGAUGUAAGUAAUUGAGUCAACAUCAAUAGAACAUGCCGAGGUAUUCGUAUUAGUGAAGCAGAUUAUAGUGAAAGUGAAACACUCAUCUUCAGUAUGUAUGAGCACUAAAUCAACAAUCUCUACAACCUGCACCUCUAAAUUGAGUCCUCAAAAUUAUCACGUUCAAACGUAUUCGGUAGCCUAUUGGCCUCAAGAGAGAGGACCGCCUGAACCGAAUUUGAGUUGGGCCCUCAACCGAAAAAGCAUGGUGACCCAGCCUGGCGAUGUCACAAUACGCUUGUUUUUGGUCAAGGGACCGAAUGUACUUCGAAAAGAAAUUUUAAUUUUGUUUUUCUAAAUCUAAAAAGAUGAAAAAGUUGGUUAUGGUUCUUGUCCACGUACGUGUAUAGCUCCAUUAUUUGUGAUGUUGAAUAAGAUAUUAAACGAAAACUCAUUACAUUAGGCUCAGAAGUUUCGCUUUCAUUUAGUACAACUCCCACUCCCUCUAUCCAAAAAUAUAUACUAGGCUCAGUUCGAUCUAUCUGCCGAGACUAUGCAAAAGGCUGGCCAGCUUGACCGAAAACUGCAGCGAUCACGCAGCAACAUCCGACCGCUUCUAUUGAAUAUGAAGCAGAGGAUAACGGUGGGACUUAGCUACAGCGAACCAGCUCCACCGCCUGUGGUGGUAUCCUCGAACAAGCAAGCCUCUAGUACAACAUCUUUAAGGAUAAGGUGGAUUUUACUAAGAUGAUUCUAAAGUAAGUAGUUUGAUAAGGCUUUUAGUAAGAUUCUAAAGUAAGUAGUUUUUGAUUAUCUUCGGAUUCAAGAAUGAAUAAAUCAAUAUCAAUGGGGACCAACAUGAAUAAGAAUGAGAUUCACGACGAGGACAAAGUUAGUUGUAGCACUCUCUCAGGUGAGGAUCCUGAUGGAGCGUUCACGGACUGCGCAUCACCGGGAUGGUUCCUGUUGUGAGAUGAAAUUUAUUUCUAACUCUACCGCUUCUAACAGUUACCAGCAACGGAACAACAGCGGCAUCGUACACGCCUCCAAGUAUCCGUGCGACGAUGUUUGGCACUGAAGUGUACAGUCGCGAUCUCCAAAAGACGGGCGUAAAAAUGGAACCAGUUGUAUCCGUAGGUGGAACAACUACAGGUGCAAACGACCCUACUAUAGCAAGGACAUCUGGUCAACCAGCCACAACAAAUGGAGGCGGUAAGAACCUUCUUGCUAGCAGCAUGGGUGGAACAGGACCCGGAACUACGGGCCCUUUUCCUCGGGCAAUGUCCUUUAUGGGAGCGGAGGCACGGGCACGAAUGUUGGGAGGUGGAGCUGGCAGUUCCUAUUUGUCAGGUGGAGUCGGAGGAAGCACUAGUACACCAAGGACUUAUACGAAUCAAGGCCAAGCAGGCAAGACGCAGAGUAUGUUCACGGCUGCUGCUGGUGCGACGCCUAGUGCCAACAUCAACAUUCCUAGUCCAAUGAGCAUGAGACUACCCUUGCCAGCGAAUGAUGCUAGAGAACAAACGGAAAAUAAUAGUUCAGGUUUCUUAGAUCAAACCCCGGGAGGCGGCGUGGACGUGACCCCAGCUGGCGCUACCCCAGCUGUCGUUAUAGAACGUACUGGCGGCGGAAACAAGAAGGUGGAGCAACCUGUUGUUCUACAACAAGACAAAAGCAAUCCCAGUUACUUUUACAAACAAGGCACUGGAACCUCAAGGUCAACUGCUGCUGCAAACCGGUUGUACAGUGCAGGAGCUGGAGCUUCUUUUGGAACACCAAGGCUGAACAUUCCGCGCAUGCAAUCUUUGGCUGCGACUAUGAAUCAGCUUUCUCCGAGACAAUACAUCAUGCGGAACUACCAAAUCGGAGGAGCCUCAUCUAGCACUAACAACACUUCUGCAGGUGUUAGUGCGACCAAUAACGCAACAAGUGGCACAACUGGCGUUGGUGUUACUGGUACAACACCAACAUGUACAUCACCAGCAACAAAGAACUACCAACAGCAGUUGUUUUCCCCUGCCAGUCGGUUGGAGGCGACACCGCCAUUGUUGGUGACUUCAGUUGACAUGCCAAAGCAGAUACCAAGGUAUGAUUACCUCUUCAAACGUGGAGGACCAGUUGUAGCGACACACCCCAAGAAGAAAAAACCACCUUUAGGCGAAGGCGAAGCGGUGGAUGGAAAAUUAAGACUGGACUAUACUUCUAUGCUGGCAUUUAAAUUGCUAUUUCUUCAGUUGCAACUUUUACUUUCUUACUGCAAUCUUCAGCAAGAUCAAAAAUGAGUAGUACAACAUAUUAAGUGUCGUGAUUGUUACAAACACGAUGGAUCUCAUUCGAACUACGUCCACCUCCAACUACUUCAGCAAUAAUCGACUUUUUCGGAACAGUUUACAAUCUCUGCUAAGAAUCUCAGGAGUAGACUUGAACGCGAUUCAGCAAGGCGUCGCUCCUGGGACGUCAACAAGCGGUUCCAGCUCUAUAGCCGGCGACGGGACUCCCGCAACUAGUGUGCCUCCAUCGGACGCGAACACAGCAGCAAAGGGACCCGGCGACAGCAAUUUUUGUUCGCCAGGAACUCCUGCAGAAGACGGGGGUGCUAAUAUAACCGAGCAGGCGUCAACACCACUAGCGGGUGCGGGACCCCCUGGCCUGGCUGGAAAUAAAGCCCUGUUUCAACCACCUAUAGUGCCACAGCUGUCGAGGACAACAGCAGCUUUUACCAAUAAAGCUGGAACUCUCUUAGCCGCCACACCAAGAGGCCCAUUGAUAACACCAAGAAUAGGGUUCGAUAGACCGGCAUUCUAUAGUGGAAGUAGUGUUUCUGAUAAUACAACUAGAACUACUGUACCUGUAGGAGCAUCUGGUACUUCUGCUGAGAACAAAACAUCAACAACGACAACGACUCAAGCUGUGGUUGGUCCUAGUGGAGAGAGUGGCACGGGACAAGCUUUACGUUUUCCUUGUCCUCCGGCAUUUCCGGGUCCAACGUAUACUGGGGUAACGCCACGCGUCAAAAUAGCGAAAAUGGGCUCACCACGGAUAGAGAGACUGCAGAUAGUACCACCUGCGAGGGCGUCGUAUGGAGGUGUGGAGGGAGAGGGAAGAGGUAUAUAUAGCUUAGACACUUGUUUUUAUGAUGGAAGAUUUUAAAAAAGUAAGGUCGUUGGCGGAUGUAAAAACUCAUGAUCGCCAGGUCGUGCAUCUUUCGGUGCAGCAGCUACGCCUGCUUCUCCCAGAACACGAGGUAGUCCCGAAAAGCCUAGUGCAGCGACGCCACAGACCAAAACGACAAAAUCGAAGAAGGAACCAAAUUUAAGGAUCCCGAUGUUUUCAAGUUGACUAAUUUCAACGCUUACUUGUGAUUAGACUAGAAUCGACGCUCACACUUGCGUGUCCUUAUUUCUAACCGAAGCAGAAGGCGAAGUAGCAGCGACACCUGUUCUUGAAGAAUCCGGAACACCCCCGGGGACACCUCCUGGAACACCGCCGCCUCCAGAAACUUCUACUAGUAGUACUAAUCCUAGUGGUAAAGCACCAGCUGCUAGGACUAGUGUGACUGGCGAAACAAGUCGAACGGGUCCUAUUGAGACAGUUGAAAUUCGACGUAGCCAAUUCGAACCCGCAAAGAGGACUUCGACAUCAAGAGCUAGCAUUGAGCAGAGAACUUCAGCAUCUUCUACUUCUGGCGUCGAGAAAGUAGAGAUCCGCCGCAGUCAAUUCGAGAGAACUUCAACAGCAACGAGGAAGAGCACGAUUACUGCUUCGAUUUCGCCACCGCCUCCAAUUGUACGAGAACAACAAGCGAAAGACGCAGGAGAGGCCAAUCCAGAGGAUGAGAAUCAGAAGCUCUUGGACAAGUAUCGGCCCUUACUGUCUAAGAUUCCUUGUGAUCUGGGAGGGGGCGACGACGCAAACGGUGCACUGAAAGGCCGGUUCGUGUACAUCUCAGCUUCGGACGUGGCGAGGAAUAAGGUGCUGUUGCGAAAGGAGGGAAUCACGCACAUCGUCAAUGCAGCAGCAGAGGUCAGCGACAACUUGGAGGAUAGCGAUGAAGAUUCACGUACUCAUGAAUUUCGUUGUGUAUGUUCUAUUCGAAAACUCAAAAUAAGCGAGCUACUGACUGAAAUAAGAGAGGCUUGACUACAUUCCUCUUCUUUCAGUAACUCCCUUAUUUUCAAUAGUUACUCGGUUAUUUCAGUUUUUCGAAUAGUUCUUAUUGAAAUCAAUUCUCAUUUUCGUUGUUAUGAUUUUGAAUAUCUUGUAUUUGAUUUUCAUUUUAUCGCGAUAGUACUACUGUAAAGAACCUCCCAUUAGCACCAUCAUCAAGAAAAUCCACAGCCGCAAAAACGCCUUCGCGACAUUUUGAGUUCUUGACGUAUUACUUCAAAGAUGGGAAGACUGAGGAUAUAAGUUCUGGAUUUUUUAAGACCCUCGACUUUGUCACAAAAGCCUACGAAGAAGGAGGAGCGAAAACAAAGGUACAUUAUAGAUGGAAGCCUUUUGGUGCUUUUGUUUUGUUGAUGGUGUACUUGAACCCGUCCCACAUCAGUAGAGUAACUUAUCCUCUAGUUGAUACUCGUUCAUAGUACUUCUCAUUUAUGGGAAACUGAUCUUUCUUUUUCCAUGCCAUUAACCAGGUCCUCUUCCAUUGCGGCCAAGGGGUAAGCCGUAGUUGCACCUUGUGCUUGGUUUAUCUAAUGUAUUUGACACGGCGACCCAUGAUGGAGAUUUUGACGCAGAUUCAGAGGGAGUAUCGCGAGAUAUGUCGACCCAACACUGGUUUCAUGUUCCAGUUGCUUUUGUGGCAGAAGGAGCUGAAGAUUCCUCGCGACCGCAGUGAUUAAGGCUUGGUGAUAAAUAGAAUAAGUCCUGGACAGACUAAUCUUGGGUCUUUAGUACUAUAACUGGCUUGGGUCCCCUUCAAAGUGGGAUACUGACUUGGGUCCUUAGUACUAUAACUUAACACACAAGUUGUGUUAUAAAACAAGUACUAGCACGUAAUUUACGUGCUCCGGUAUUUGGUAACCUGAAUUUGAUCACGACGAGGGUUCUCUUCUUGUUUUCCCAUAUGAUCAAACUCAGGUUACCAAAUACCGGGAGCAGACAACUAUAACUUAACACACAAGUAGUACUAGCACGUGCAUCCUCAUCCUCUAAAUUGACCCGGCAGACAAGGUUGUACCUGAACCCAGACUCUUUCGCAUUAGGUGUCAUCACGAGAGGGACCCGUUUUUAGUCCUCUAUGCGGUCGAACACAGACAAGCGCAAACACUCAGAGUGGAUCCCAGGUAGCCUGGUCUCUAAUUUCAUGUUCGUUAUCUAUUGAUACUCUAGUCCUGCAUGCUCAAGAUAUUCAGCAGUUGCUGCCGCUGAAGAACACUAAACUACAGCAAAAUGUUGAAGAAGGGCGUCUUCCUAAAGGACAACAAUCUCAGGUUCAGCUACGUCUGCUACUCGCAGGACAAAUUUCUAGUAUGGCACGGACCGCAGAGCAACAUACUCGCGGAAGCCACUAAAGUUAUGCAAAGAUGACAAGGUGUCUAAGUAAGUCACAUAAAAAAGUUGAAUUGCGUUAUUAGAGUGUUUGCUCCCCUAUUAACAAAUGACUUAACGCUGUAGAACUUUUGCUAAGGCUCUAUUGCACUAGCCUAAGCUCUAACCAAACGAUAAACGACGCAGUAGCUUGGCAUGAGAAGUAUCUCUGUCGUCGACCCAGCAUCGAGAAUAUGGAAACGUCGCAUAGUGAUCCUGCUGAGGCUUUCUGGAAGCAUCUAUUAGCGGGAACGGUACGUUGAAGAUUUCUAAUAAAGCAACAUGUCUUGUUGACCUUGACGAUGAAGAACUUGACGUUGACCUUGAGCUUGAUUUUUUGGUUAUAUAUUUAUAAGUUAGUACUUACCAUAGUGAUAGCUUGAUGAGAAUGACCUUAAUAGAUACCUUCAGGCCUGACUUUUUGUGCGGUAAAAUGGUCCAUGAUUGUAGGUAACCACAAGCUACGCUGCCUCCGAAUUGAAGGGAAAGUCUGGACUUCUCGAUGUGAGAGGAGACUACGACAUGGACUACGACCUCUUAUGCAAAACAUUUGGAGGUGCUGGGUUAAGGACGCCAGAGGGAACGCCACGAACAUCACAUCCCCUUGUUCAGAAUGGGCGAACCCCGGUAGAGACUGGCAAAAAAGGUGGUGGAGUACCGAAAAUGCCAACGAAACCUGAGUUGUACAGGUACUGAUAGUGAUUCUCUGUAGGUCAGCCUACAGUGAAGAUUUUCAACAAAAUGGAAUCGUGGAACGCUUCUUGUUAUUCACCUGGCUCGAAAUCCUCUUGUACUUUUUCACUUACAGUCUCAGGACGACUACUACAUGAUGACACCUAAUAUUUAAGCAAAAAUCCACCUCUAGGUAUCCAGAGUGGGAGGAGCGGCCUUUGACCAUGUUUGAUCAAGACGAUUUGGAGUCCGAUUGUCUGCAUCUUCUUUUCGCGGACAACAUGAUCUUCAUCUGGCAGGGUUCACUUGCUACGGAAGAAGGCAAGGCGGAUGACGCUGUGAUAUCCGAAGUUUCCGAGUCUUUUCUCAAAGCGAAGAAGAUCGAUCCGGCAUAUGUGACGGUCGUAAGCACAUUGGAGAAAGAAAAAGCGGAAUCAGCCGAGUUCUGGGAUGUGGUUGAUUCGAUAUAGGAGGAAAUGAUUAUGCGGGUUGAGAAUCCUAGUGAUUAUAUUGAAGCAUCUCAGCCAAAUGGCCUUAUGAGUGAUUCGUACCUUGUGAAGAUUAAGCAAGAACCGGAAUGUCAAGUUCAAGAUCAUUUCUUUGUGAGUCAUUAACAUUAUAAUAACAAUAAAUAUGUCUGUGACUGUGAUCUGUUGUGUUAAAUGUAUAACUGAAAUUGUCCUCGACUCCUAGGUGAGUUCUAAGAAGUAUCUAUAAGAAUAUUUUUCAAGAAUAGCAGAUAAUAAAUCCUUGCUUCAGGACAACGCUAGUUUUGCUGCUAGCGUUGUCUCUCUUUCCGUAAAUAAAAUGCGUAAAAGCGUAUGUACUGUUGAUCUUUUUCAUAAGCACGCAGCUCGAAGAUAGCCAAGGAUCUAAUUAUUUGAGUGAUUUCUUUUUCUUGUUUGUUAUGAGUCGUUUUAAUACGUACUUCUAUGCCUACUCUUUGAAUUUGAAUACGUAAGUACGAAGUUUUUUUUUAUUGCGCAACAGUGGUUGAUCUUGAUGGUGAUGCACUACUCAGUAGAGAUCAUCAUGAUUGAGAUGUAUGGACCACCUAUAGCACAAUUUUUAUGCAACCUGGCAUAAAAGAAAACAAUCAGUCGAUAGAAUAGUUAGUUUAUGAUAUAACGACUUAAAAAAUCACAGAAGUAACUAGGAGUUCGAGCUCCUGUUGUCAAUCUUAAUGCCACAAUCCUGUACGUAGAUGAAAGAAGGCCUACAAAAAUGAGCAAAUAAUUUUACGGUUGUUGGACAUUAUGAAGCUGUUGGAUUUUCGAGAGAUUUCAAGUGGAGAAAAGUAUUGUCAUAAAAAAAUAUCUCAACCGACGUGCAGUCGAGG